AGGUUAACUUUGCGCCAAGUUCCACCAUCACAACAACUCCUACCACAUCUUCCACUCUUGCAUAGUUCUCGGUCGUUUAAGUUCUUGAUAUAUUUUGACUAUCCCCUCAGGGUUUGAAGCCAUCAUGGCUUCUCCGCAGCUCGAGAUUCUGGGGAGGAUUUUCACAGAUAUCCGUAGCAAGUACGCGAGAUAGUUCAGCGCCUUGACUUUCAAUACGUGGCUGACUGUGAGAUCUACCGUAGGCAUGAGGAGAUACGGCAGAAGGCGACAAAUGAUUUGAAGAUACACCUAGAGGUUGUUUCUCGAGGUAAGAUUGCCGUUUCGGAAAUGCUAACUUGAUUCUAAUGGAGGCCUAUAGAACAUUCGAGCGAGGGGCUCACUAGGUACUACGCGGAGGUGAACCGCCGAGUCUCAGAAUUCAUUCACAGCAAUGAUAGCGUUGACAAGAUUGGAGGAAUCCUUGCUUUGGGGGUACUCAUCGAUGUCGAUCAUGACGAUAGCACGCAGAAAACUACACGAUAUGCGAACUAUCUGCGCAGCAUAAUGCGCGGAAAUGAUAACCAUUGUAUGGUUCUUGCAGCGAAGACUUUAGGACAGCUUGCGGCCCCUGGGGGAACCUUAACUUCAGAGUUGGUGGAAAGCGAGGUGAAACAAGCGUUGGAGUGGCUACAGGUUGACCGGCAGGAAAACCGACGGUUUGCUUCGGUACUGUUGUUGAGGGAACUGGCCAGAAGCUCACCUACCCUUAUCUACGGUUUCCUUAGCCAGAUAUUAGACUUAAUAUGGGUAGCUUUACGAGACCCAAAGGUUCUUAUUCGGGAGACCGCCGCCGAGGCCUUAGGUGUUUGCCUCGGAAUCAUGAAGAACAGGGACCAGAAGAACCGCGAUCAAUGGUACGCAAAGAUUUUGGAAGAGGCGAAAUCAGGGCUGAGAAUAGGCGCUACUGAUGCCGUCCAUGGGAGCCUUUUAAUUCUUUUACAGUUAUUGGACACCGCUGGUAUGUUUAUGGGCGCAAGUUAUAGAGAGACUUGUGAUAUUGUCUUGCGACUAAAAGAUAACCGGGAUCAUGGGAUAAGGAAGUUGACCGUAAAGAUGAUUCCCUGUUUGGCCAAAUAUAACCCGGUGGAAUUCGUCAGCGCUUAUCUCCAUAAGUUCAUGAUGCAUUUGCAGGCACAACUUAAGAAGAAAGACCCCGAGGACAGAGGGGCGGCAUACAAAGCUAUCGGGGAUGUGGCUUUAGCUGUUGGCAGUAGUAUGGGGCCGUACCUGGAUCACAUACUGGCAAGCAUCAAAGAUGGUUUGACAAUGAAAGGGUAUUACUGGUUCAUAUGCCCAGUCCCAUCCGUGCUAAUGCGUGACAGGAGAAAUCGAGCACAACGUGCGGAGCAAGAAGCACCUAUAUUCGAGUGCAUCAGCAUGCUGGCAACCGCAGUUGGCCAGGCCUUGACGAAGCAUAUGCACGACCUCUUAGACCUUAUAUUUGCUUGCGGUCUGAGUGUAAAGCUUACACAAGCUCUGGUCGAUCUCUCCCACUACCUUCCGCCCUUGCUACCAACGAUUCAAGAAAAGCUCCUUAACAUGAUCAGCAUGGUUCUUUGUGGACGACCUUUCAAACCUCUAGGGAGCCCUACACCGCCUCAAGCUCCCACAACUGUUGCCGGGAAGCAAUAUAGAGAUGGGCAAACCCCAGAGGAAAGGGAUGCAGAAAUCACCCUUGCUUUGCAUACCUUAGGGAGCUUUGAUUUUACUAGUAAGCCUUCAUUACCAGACCCCUAUCUAGACCUCCCAUGAUAGAGGGUGUGCCAGUAUCUCCGGCUAAUAUAUCAGACCACAUUUUGAAUGAGUUUGUUCGUGAUAUUGCCAUGAAAUACGUUGAGGAUGAUAAUACGGAAGUCCGCAAAGCGGCGGCAUUGACUUGCUGCCAGCUUUUUGUCCGCGAUCCUAUAUGCUUCCAGACUAGUAAUCAUGCAAUUCAGGUGGUUGGCGAAGUGAUGGAGAAGCUUUUGACGGUAGCGAUUGCCGAUAUAGGUAUGUCAAUUCUUAUAAAAGCCCAAGCAUGUUGCUUAUUCGACUCCAGAUCCGGAUAUCCGAAAGACUGUUUUGCUUUCUCUAGAUGUUCGGUUUGAUAGACAUCUUGCUAAGGCCGAGAACGUCCGUUCCUUGUUCCUGGCUCUAAAUGAUGAAAAUUUUGCAAUCCGAGAAGCCGCAAUAACUAUUAUUGGCAGGCUCACACUCCAUAACCCUGCCUAUGUUAUACCAUCCCUUAGAAAAACCCUGAUACAGCUCCUCACGGAGCUGGAAUAUUCGAAUGUUCCCAGAAACAAGGAGGAGGGCGCUAGGCUCCUUAGUCACCUUGUAGCAGCGUCACAGAAGCUUAUCCGGCCUUACGUGGAGCCGGUGGUCACUGUGCUCCUUCCAAGGGCGAGAGAUCCAAGCGCGGGUGUGGCGUCAAGUAUUAUGACAGCUCUAGGAGAGCUUGCAACUGUUGGUGGCGAGGAUAUGGUACCAUAUAUACCGGAACUGAUGCCCUUGAUCAUCGAGACACUUCAAGAUCAGAGCUCUCCGGCCAAACGGGAUGCGGCUCUCAGAACUCUAGGGCAAUUGGCGAGCAACUCCGGAUAUGUUAUUGAACCAUAUGUUCGGUACCCACAGCUUCUUACCAUCUUAGUCGGUAUCGUAAAGACCGAGCAGAACACUACUCUGCGAAAAGAGACAAUCAAAUUGAUGGGUAUUCUCGGCGCACUGGACCCCUAUAAGCAUCAGGUGUGAUCCUAUCUCCUAUAACCGGGCUGGAAGCUUACUAACCCAUAUUAGACUGUUGAGAGAAGCUCCGAAAUACAUCUUUCAGAUCAGGCCACUGCGGUUACCGAUGUUUCUUUGAUCAUGACAGGCCUUACACCUUCGAAUGAGGAGUACUAUUCCACAGUGGUUAUUAAUUCGUUAAUGAAUAUGCUUAAGGACCCCUCACUCGGGCAGCAUCAUUCAUCUGUUAUUGACGCUAUCAUGAAUAUUUUCAAAACUCUAGGACUAAAAUGUGUCCCGUUCCUUGGGCAAAUUAUUCCGGGCUUCAUCGCGGUUACGCGGGCUUGCCCGACCAGCAAACUAGACCCGUACUUUAAUCAGCUGAGCAUUUUAGUCUCUAUUGUUAAACAGCAUAUCCGAACCUUCCUUCCCAGCAUCCUUGCACUUAUUAGGGACUAUUGGGAGCCGGCAUCGGGAUUGCAAUCCACUAUCCUCCAGCUUGUCGAGGCCAUCGCGCAUUCAUUAGAAGGGGAAUUCAAGAUAUACCUUGCGCAACUUCUCCCGCUCAUGCUCAAAGUUUUGGAGACAGCAGAUCCCAACCGUCCUGGCACACCAGAAAAGGUGCUCCAUGCCUUUGUUGUAUUUGGUUCAAGCAGCGAGGAAUACAUGCAUCUCAUCCUACCCGUGAUUGUCCGUAUGUUCGAGAAGCCCGGUCACCGGAUUCAGACCAGGAAAGUGGCAAUGGAAACUGUGGCGAGGCUAUCCCGGAAAGUCAACAUAUCCGAUCACGCUUCUAGAAUCGUGCAUCCAUUAUCGAGGGUUUUGAUGACGGCGAAUCAGACAGGUAACCAUGAACUAAAAAUGACAGCUCUCGAUACUCUGUGCGCUCUUGUGUUCCAACUUGGGCACGAUUAUGCCCAUUUCAUUCCAAUGAUUAACAAAGUGAGAAAUACUGCGUCAAAGAUACUACGCUCCCCAUUUACUGAUGGCACCUUUUAGAUUUUACAAGUCAACAAGAUACAGCACACUAAUUAUGAGCUUCUUGUGAGCAAACUACUCAAGGGGGAACCAUUACCGCAAGACUUGAGCCCCGAUGAGAUGUAUGUAUAUCACAGUUUCCUCACAACUACAUUCUUUCUUAACAAAAGUAGGUAUGGCGAAAACCCUGAUGAGGUCUCUUUCGCAGACUUUGGGCCAAAGAAGCUGCCGGUAAACCAGCAACAUCUGAAGAACGCCUGGGAGGCAUCGCAGCGCUCUACUCGCGAGGAUUGGCAGGAGUGGAUCCGCCGAUUUAGUGUGGAGCUUUUGAAGCAAUCACCAUCUCAUGCCUUGAGGGCAUGCGCUGGACUGGCGGGGGCAUAUUAUCCCUUGGCUAGAGAUCUUUUUAACGCUGCGUUUGUGUCAUGCUGGACUGAGUUAUAUGAUCAAUAUCAGGUGGGUAUUCCCGUUACGGUUCGCGGGAUGCGCUGUUAUCUAAGCUCCUAUCAGGAAGAAUUGGUUCGGUCCAUUGAAUGUGCCCUUGUUUCACCUCACAUUCCCCCCGAGAUCCUCCAAAUACUCCUGAAUCUUGCUGAGUUUAUGGAGCACGACGAUAAAGCUUUACCUAUUGACAUAAGGACCCUCGGAAUGUAUGCGGCUAAGUGUCACGCGUAUGCAAAAGCUCUACAUUACAAAGAGUUAGAGUUCCUUCAGGAACCUCAAUCAAGCGUUAUUGAAGCGCUCAUUAGUAUCAAUAAUCAACUGCAGCAAUCGGACGCGGCUAUAGGUAUUCUGCGGCGAGCUCAGUUAUAUAAUGACGUUCCCUUACGUGAAUCGUGGUUUGAGAAGCUGCAACGUUGGGAAGAGGCCCUGAAAGCUUACCAAGAGAAGGAAACAACUGAAUCCAAUUCUUUUGAGAUAACUAUGGGUAAAAUGAGAUGUCUCCAUGCCCUCGGUGAAUGGGAUCAUCUCUCUCAACUUGCCCAGGAUAAGUGGCGACAUGCAGGCCGUGAUGUCCAACGCCUGAUUGCCCCUCUUGCUGCUGCGGCGGCCUGGGGGCUGGGGCAGUGGGAGUUGAUGGAUGAAUACAUUAUGGUUAUGAAAGAACACUCACCCGACAGGAGUUUCUUUGGCGCGAUCCUUGCGUUACAUAGGAACCAAUUCGAUGAUGCAGCAAAACACAUAGAAAAGGCUAGGGAGGGUUUAGAUACGGAGUUGAGCGCUCUGGUUGGUGAGAGUUAUAAUCGGGCAUACAGUGUGAUUGUUCGGGUUCAAAUGUUGGCAGAACUUGAAGAGAUUAUCACCUACAAGCAGAACAACGAUCAGCCGGAGAAGCAGGAGACUAUGAGGCGUACGUGGACCAAGCGCCUCAAGGGAUGUCAGCGGAACGUGGAAGUCUGGCAACGGAUGUUAAAAGUGCGAGCACUCGUGAUAUCGCCGAAGGAGAACAUGGAUAUGUGGAUAAAGUUCUCAAAUCUAUGCCGCAAGUCAGGUAGGAUUGGGCUUGCCGAGAAAUCUUUGAAUUCAUUGCUUCCACAAAACGAGAGUAUUGGGUCGAUAUCAGGCACCUCUGUUCCUCCACAAGUCACUUAUGCACGCUUGAAAUUUAUGUGGGCCACCGGGCAGCAAAAAGAGGCCAUCCAGCACUUGUUCGAUUUCACGGAUUCCCUAUCUCAUGACUUAAGAAUCAACAUGGCGAAUGGCCACCCUCAUGGUCCUCAGCAAACUAUGGGAAUAGCAAUUGAUGAUGAGCACACGCGCCUCCUCGCGAGAUGUUAUCUCAAGCAGGGCGAAUGGCAAGUAGCAUUGCAUAAGAGUUGGCAUGCCGAGCCACGGAUCUCUUCUAGGAUCUUGGACUCUUACCAAAAAGCAACUCACUUCCACAAGGACUGGUACAAGGCAUGGCACGCUUGGGCGCUGGCAAACUUUGAGGUGGUGACAGCAGCAUCUACACAAGAAGGACGGGAAAGCGGCCGCCUAAAUUCAGAAGUGAUACAAAGCCAUGUGAUCCCUGCCGUCAGUGGAUUCUUCCAUUCGAUCGCUCUUUCGGCUGGCAGCUCUCUUCAAGAUACCCUUAGACUACUUACCCUAUGGUUUGCUCAUGGCGGCAACUCGGAGGUCAAUGCGGCUGUCACCGAUGGUUUCAACACUGUUAGUGUGGAUACUUGGCUGGAAGUUAUCCCCCAGCUAAUUGCUAGAAUUAACCAACCUGACUUAGUAGUGAGACAUUCUAUUCACCAACUUCUUUCUGAUGUCGGGAGGGCACAUCCUCAGGCUUUGGUAUACCCGUUGACUGUUGCGGCAAAGUCGCAUUUCUCAAGACGCCAGAAGUCAGCCGCUCAGAUUAUGGAUAGUAUGAAAGCGCAUAGUCCGAAAUUAGUCGAGCAGGCAGAGAUAGUUAGUCAAGAGCUUAUCCGAGUCGCGGUCUUAUGGCAUGAGCUCUGGCAUGAAGGGCUUGAGGAAGCCUCUAGACUGUACUUUGGAGAUCAUAAUAUUGAGAUGAUGUUUAAAACCCUCGAGCCACUCCACGAUAUGUUGGAACGGGUAUGUAUUAUGGUGUCAAUUUAUAGUUGUUCCAAAAGCUAAUAUGAUAUCAGGGGCCUGAAACACUGCGAGAGAUCUCGUUCCAUCAAGCGUUUGGUAGAGAUCUUCAUGAAGCCAAAGAAUGCUGUUCUGCCUACAAGCGAACCGGGGAGGUUGGGGACCUUAAUCAGGCAUGGGAUCUGUACUACCAGGUAUUAUACGUGUAACCCCGAUCGCGACCCAAAUUGAUCUUCCCUAAUUUUCGGCUAUAGGUAUUCCGUAAGAUCACUAAACAGUUACCACAACUCAACUCUUUGGAUCUACAAUAUGUAUCGCCCAAGCUGCUAGGGGCCCUUGAGCUUGACUUGGCCGUGCCUGGUAAGGCACCCAAAUUCUAUGAACGGUUGUUAUCCGUUAUCUGACAUUUUCGCAGGCACAUACGCGACCGGCAAGCCCGUCGUGAAGAUCAUGAGCUUUGAUCCGACUUUUAGUGUUAUUUCAUCCAAGCAGAGGCCCAGAAAGUUGACCAUUAAGGGAAGUGAUGGAAACCCAUAUCAAUACGCCUUGAAGGGGCACGAAGAUAUCCGGCAGGACGAACGCGUUAUGCAACUUUUUGGUCUCGUAAACACCUUGUUGUCCGUGGACUCCGAGUGUUUCAAGAGACAUCUCAAUAUACAACAAUACCCGGUCAUCCCGCUAUCGCAAAAUUCAGGUCUACUUGGAUGGGUCCCUAAUAGCGACACCCUGCAUGUGUUGAUCAGAGAAUAUCGGGAUAGCCGGAAGAUUCUUUUGAAUAUUGAACACAGGAUCAUGUUGCAGAUGGCCCCCGAUUAUGACAACUUGACACUUAUGCAAAAAGUUGAGGUUUUCGGAUAUGCUUUAGACAAUACUACCGGACAAGAUCUUUACCGGGUUUUAUGGUUGAAGAGUAAGAGUUCUGAGGCCUGGCUUGAUCGCCGCACAAACUACACUAGGUCUUUAGGCGUAAUGUCCAUGGUUGGGUACAUUCUUGGACUUGGCGACAGACACCCAUCCAAUCUGAUGCUUGACCGUGUUACCGGGAAAGUCGUUCACAUCGAUUUCGGAGAUUGCUUUGAGGUCGCCAUGCACCGCGAGAAAUAUCCUGAGAAAGUGCCUUUCAGACUUACGCGCAUGUUGACCUAUGCUAUGGAGGUUAGUAACAUCGAAGGUAGCUUUAGGACAACGUGCGAAGCCGUCAUGAAAGUGCUUCGAGAAAAUAAGGAAUCUCUCAUGGCAGUCCUGGAAGCCUUUAUGCAUGACCCGUUGAUGCACUGGCGUCUCGGAACAAAAGAGAGUCCAGCGGAAGUCGGGCCGGCAGGCAUGCCAGGAGAAGGCGGCAGGCGCCGUAGUGUUAUUGCUGCACUAGAUCACCCAGACCUGCUCCGACUUAGGAACGAGUCUUCGGAUGGGGACGAACAAAACGACUCAUCAAAAAAACCCGAGGCGCAGAACGAACGCGCCCUGCAAGUGCUCGAGCGCGUCAAGGCCAAAUUAACGGGUACGUCGGUUUAAGUUUCUCCUCUGCCCUCCCUUGUUAUCUUCUACAGUCGAUGCUGAUACGGGAUCGUUUUUCUUCUUCUUUACCUAGGCACCGACUUCAAACCCGGCGAAGAACUUGAGAUCUCUAAACAGGUGGCGAGGUUAAUCGACCAAGCUACGAACCUGGAAAACCUUUGUCAGCACUAUAUCGGUAAGUUGUUACCACCGCAUUUUCCCUUUCCCCGUCACAUUCUACUUUAUUAACGCGUACUCUUUCCCCCAGGUUGGUGCUCGUUCUGGUAGUUCUAGACCUUUUUCUUUCUUUCUCCUUCAUGAUGGAUUUCUUAGGUUAUCAGGGCGCAGAAUCUUUUUUUCAAAUCUUUUUCAAACAAUUCCCUUUUCUGCUUCUCUUUUUACUUUGUCUUUCAUCUUUUCUCUUCUUUUCUUUGCCGGCCAUGCAUUCCUCGGCGAUAUUGUGCUAGGGACUUUUUAGGGGAGGAGAGAGGGGGUACGAAGACACCUGUUAUUCUUGCUUUUACGGUAGCAUAUCGUAGCACAGUGAUAUUGGAAUACACAAUCUACCGUAUCCUGU